AUGCGGGACGCUGACUGGCUAAAGCUGGUGGCGGACCCUGCGGCAGCUGCGGUGAAGCUGGUGACGCUCAAGGCGCUGUUCCCAGGGGCCAACCUGUCAAAAAUCUUGAUGGAGCGGCCAGCCAUGCUGCUGCAGGACGUGUCGACACUGGAGGAGAACGGCCGCCAGGUCCACCGUCUGCUGGAGCGGGCGCGCGACCGCGACGCGCUGGUGACGGCGCUGCCGCUGCUGCUGGAGCCGCGCACCCUGGUGUCAGUCCUCAUCACGGUGGACAAGUGGUACUUCAGUGCCCAGGACCCAAUUGAGGUCUUGGAAAACGACCCAGAGAUGCUCAUACGCGCCAUGGCCUGCGACGUUCCCCUGGAGCCCGUGUUUGACAACCCGGACGGCACCAUGUCUGUCCCCAUGUUCAACUACAAGGAGAAGCGCGCCGACUGGCAGGCCCACAUUGACAAGACACAGCCACGCCUGCACUGGGGGUCGUCCGGCACAAAGUCGCUGCUGUGA